AUGAAACUUGGCAGGGUCAAGAAGGUGCAACUCUCUGAUUCUACACCAGGGAUUAGAAGUCCUAUUAGACCCCCAAAGCGAAUUAUUAGUAAUAAUAAUGCCCAUAGUGAAGGUGUUGCACUUACAACUAGUAAGUCUGGUGAGCUUGAUUAUCAUUGCUCCUCUACUGUUCAGCCGGAGAUUAGUAGCUCUACAUCAGGGAAUGCUGAGAACUGGAUGGUGUUGUCUAUUUCCGGGGACAAACCCACUCCUCGUUUCAAUCAUGCAGCAACCGUUAUUGGAAACAAGAUGAUAGUGGUUGGUGGAGAGUCUGGAAGUGGAUUGUUAGAUGAUGUACAGGUGCUUAAAUUUGAUCAAUUCACCUGGACUACAAUUUCAUCAAAGCUUUACUUGUCACCCAGCAGUUUGCCAUUGAAGAUCCCUGCAUGCAGAGGCCACUGUCUGGUUUCUUGGGGAAAGAAGGCACUUCUUAUUGGAGGAAAAACUGAUCCUGCAAGUGACCGAAUUUCUGUGUGGGCAUUUGACACAGAAACAGAGUGUUGGUCUGUUGUUGAAGCAAAGGGAGACAUACCGAUUACCCGCAGUGGUCAUACAGUGGUCCGAGCAAGCUCUGUUUUAAUUUUAUUUGGGGGUGAAGAUGCCAAAAGGAAGAAAUUAAAUGAUCUGCACAUGUUUGAUCUCAAGUCUUUCACGUGGCUCCCUCUGCAUUGCACAGGAACCGGACCAUCUCCAAGAUCCAACCAUGUAGCAGCUCUUUAUGAUGACAAAAUUCUACUUAUAUUUGGAGGAACAUCCAAGUCCCGGACGCUGAAUGACUUGUAUUCACUUGAUUUUGAAACGGUGGAUGGUAUGGUCGAGAACAAAGGGCACUCAGAAACUUUGAUUUUUGAUAUUUUGAAAGUGGAGUGGUCUGUGGCAUUUGCAUCCACCCCAUCUUCUAUCACCACCAACAAGGUGAGCCAUGUGGAUUUUACUGCUUCGCUAAUGGGAUUUAGCCUGGUAUUUGUGCAGCACAAGGACAAGGAUUUCCUUGUUGCUUUCGGUGGAAGCAAAAAGGAGCCAUCAAAUCAGGUUAGAGACUGGAAUGUCAUAUUUGCUAUGGAAUCGUUUCUUCUUUUGGUGUUGGCUGGAGAUUGUAGUCAAUUCAGCUGA